CCAUGGAGGUGGCGGUGCCACCCCGCGGGGGGGCCGCGGUGGCCCCGUCCCCCGUGCUGGGGCUGUGGCCCUCGGUGGCCCCCCCCAAGAGGCCCAAGAAGACGAACGUGCUCUUCUUCGAGGUGGAGAUCCUGGACGCCCGCACGCGGGACAAGCUCUGCUUCCUGGACAAGGUGGAGCCCCAGGCCACGGUCGGGGACAUCAAAAACCUCUUCAGCAAAGCCCACCCCCAGUGGUACCCGGCGAGACAGUCCCUGCGCCUGGACCCCAAGGGUCGCUCGCUGAAGGACGAGGAUGUGCUGCAGUCGCUGCCCGUGGGCACCACGGCCACGUUGUACUUCCGGGACCUGGGGGCACAGAUCAGCUGGGUCACGGUGUUCCUGACGGAGUACGCGGGGCCGUUGCUCAUUUACCUGCUGUUCUAUUUCCGGGUCCCGUUCCUGUACGGGCCCCGCUACGACUUCACCGCCAGCCGGCACCGCGUCGUCCACCUGGCCUGUUGCUGCCACUCCUUCCACUACGUGAAGCGGCUGCUGGAGACGCUCUUCGUGCACCGGUUCUCGCACGGCACGAUGCCCCUGCGCAACAUCUUCAAGAACUGCACCUACUACUGGGGCUUUGCAGCCUGGAUGGCCUAUUACAUCAACCACCCGCUCUACACCCCGCCAGCCUACGGUGACGAGCAGGUGAAGGUGGCCCUGGCCGUGUUCUUGUUCUGCCAACUCGGGAACUUCUCCAUCCACGUGGCCCUGAGGAACCUGCGCCCCGCGGGCUCGAAGACCCGGAAGAUCCCGUACCCGACCCGGAACCCCUUCACGUGGCUCUUCCUGCUCGUGUCCUGCCCCAACUACACCUACGAGGUCGGAUCCUGGAUUGGUUUCACCAUCAUGACCCAGUGUCUGCCCGUGGCCCUGUUCUCGCUCGUGGGCUUCGUGCAGAUGGCGAUCUGGGCCCAGGGGAAGCACCGCAGCUACCUCCGGGAAUUCCGGGAUUAUCCCCCGCUGCGCUCGCCCAUCAUUCCCUUCCUGCUGUGACAGCCCGGGGACACCCCCAACUCUGGGAAUUCCGGGAUUAUCCCCCGCUCCUCCCAUCCCCCAUCAUCCCCUUCCUGCUGUGACAGCCCUGGGGACACCCCGGGGACAUCCCCAACUCCGGGAAUUCCGGGAUUAUCCCCCGCUCCUCCCAUCCCCCAUCAUCCCCUUCCUGCUGUGACAGCCCUGGGGACACCCCGGGGACAUCCCCAACUCCGGGAAUUCCGGGAUUAUCCGCUCCUCCCAUCCCCCAUCAUCCCCUUCCUGCUGUGACAGCCCUGGGGACACCCCCUCCCCCACUGUGCCCUUCCCACUGUGACACGUGGGGGGGACAGCCCUUGGGGACCUGCCCAAACUCUGGGGACACCCUGAGCUGUCCCAGAACAGGGACACGAGCCCGUUGUCACAGCAGGACACGGGGAUGUGGCCCCACUGUCCCUUGUCACCCGUGGGCCCCCCCCCAUCCCCUCCCUGCUGACAGUGUCACCCACAGGGCCCCACCCCAGUGACAAUGUCACCCAUGGGGUCCCAGUGUCCCCUCCCUGCUGACAGUGUCACCCUCGGGGUCCUAGUCCUGGUGUCCCCUCCCCGGGGACAGUGUCACCCCCAGGGCUGGCCCAGCCAUGGUGACAUCAGUGGCAGUGACAAGGUGGUGUCACCUCCGUGGCCGAGGCCCCUGGCCCGUGUCACCCCCCCACGGGAUCUGUCACCAUCUGUCCCCCCCGUCCCUGCAGGUGACAAUAAAUCACAUCCCUCCCCCA